CGGCAAACUAUUGUUGUCUCGGGUGGAACGACACUUGGAAAAAAGAUGGUUACAGUAGUUUUAAGUGUUUUGUGUUAUAUGUUUGGAUUGAAAGUAGUCAAUGGCUAUCAAUGUUUGGAGAAAAAAAAGAAGGCAAAAUUAUCGGAGCCUGUUUGACAUUUGGACAUGUGGGUUUUGUUGUGUUGAUUCACUCAAUAUGACGGGAGGAAGUGUCGAUCCCGCGAAUAGCAAUACAGGGGAUCGACGCAAUGAUAUUUUGGAACUCACACGAACCAUUCGAGAAACCGAUAAUCAGAAGGCACAACUGCCGAAGGUUCAAGUUUCUCUCUUCGAUGGCACUAAUGUCUCAGCAUGGGCGGACAAGUUUGAACAAUUGGGCAGUUGUUGUGAAUGGACGAGUGAGAAGAUGCUUCAAAUGGUAAAGCGGUAUUGUCAAGUUGGAUACAAAGAAGAAGUGUCGGAAUUGGUGCAAUCCUCGCGCGACUGGUCGGACGUCAAGACCAAAUUAUUGGAAAAGUACCAAUUGGGGGAUCAACUGCUCGACCUGGCUGACUUACGAAAAGUCAGUCAUCGGAAGUUUGGUACGACCAAGCAGUUUCUCACGGAGUUCGAACGAGUUGCUCGUUUAGUGUCAGAUCUUCCAGAUAAGGAUCGAUGCCUUAUCUUCCUCGAGAACUUUUUGGAAGUGGAGCAACGGAAAUUGAUUAAAGAUAUGGCUGGGCGAUACGACUGGCCAAAGAUCAAGAAAAAUUUGUUGGCUGGAAGCUUUGACCAGAUGCUUUACCGUCUCCUGAAGCAACAAAAGGAGGAUCGGAAAAAGGAAGGGGUAAGCGCGGACAAGGAUCAAACCGUUUACAAAAUUCUGACUGAUAUGCGAAAUAUGAUGGCUGACAUGAAGGAGGAAAGGUUAAAGUUACAAGUGAUGAUGGUCCAAACAAAAGGUGGAAAGAGGAAGGGGAAAGCACCCGUUGUGGAAGAAGUGAGCAGUAGCAGAAGUGAAGAGGAGGAUGAGGAGGAAGUGCAGCCCGCUCGGAAGCUGACCAAGGCAGAGCGGAAGGCCCUGAAUCAGAUACGAAUAAUGAAGGAGGCGAAAAAUGUGGUAAUCAAGAACAGGAAUAGGCGGCUCAAUGAAAGAAUAAUGAAGGAGGCGAAAAAUGUGGUAAUCAGGAACAGGCGGCUCAAACCCCUCCUCAGCAACCCCAACCCCAGGCAGGAGGCCGAGGCCGAGGUAGAGGACAGGGCAAUGGGGGAGGUCGAGGAAAUGGGGCCGACCGAGGCAAUUGGCAAAAUUGGUUUUGCAAGUAUUGUGGUCAAGAUGGGCAUGGGAUACGGUUUUGUCAGACUGUUACAAAAAAUGAGAACGAUAAGGUUAUAUAUACGAAUAUCUGAGGCGAGGUUUACGACUUCGAAGGAAAUCUUAUCGAUCCAAAUGUGGAAGGAGACAUGAGAAACAAAGCUUUCCGACGUAU